AUGUCUUCAUGUCCUGGAAACAUCUCGUACUGUCUAGGUGCUCAUUGCGCUUGCCAAAGUCUCGAAGGGCAAAAAGAAUAUCACGGUACUUUAGAAGCGUAUGAUAGACACCAAGAGCUAUGCAAAGGCUCUGUUGCGACUGUCUUUUAUCACCCAGAAUACGCCACGGUGUUAGGAGCUAUUCAACCUCCGAUCUUGACAUUUGAACCUUACCCUUAUCAAGCGAUCAAGGACCUGAAUAUAAUCUUACCCAGUCAAUGUGACAAUUUUUUUUCUGACGAGAAAUUUCACCAAAGUGAAUCGAGUGCUUCUGAGGAAUUUCUCACCUUCUCAUCAGAAUCAGAUCACAGUUCAUCUGGUACCGUAGUACCUGUUAAGGAGGAAGGGACUUCAAAUGGUAUGCUUACUUCUAGAAGUGGUAAGUGUGGUCAACCAAAGUACCCAAUCGACGAAUUCCCACUUGGAAGAGGUACACCUCCACAAGGUACAAUAGUUUAUCCUCCAUUGGUCAAAGUCAAGGGUCCUUUACUUGAUUACCAUGGCGUUCAAAUGUUUUUUGAAAAGUCAGGAGGAGCAGGAUCAAUCCCAAGUUUAAACAAGAGAUAA